CUGUGACCCUAGCUGUUUGCCCACUCGUAGUCGGAAAGGGUGGGGAAAGGGCCAGAAGGGAACGAAUCUGGGGAGAACGCCCUUCGGCUGUGCGCCUCGGCUACUUUUGUCUCUUGCGGGCCUCCGUGGCGCCUUCCCCAGCCGUGCCGCCGCGGGGCCUCGUGGGUAGGAGGGAGAUUCGGACUCGCCGUGCCGGAAGAUGGCGGACGCUUUCGGGGAUGAGCUCUUCAGCGUGUUCGAGGACGACUCCACCGCGGCCGGAUCCAAGAAAGACAAGGAGAAGGGGAAAUGGAAGGCGCCGCCAGUGUCUGCGGACAAGGCCGGGAAACAUUUGGAUAGCAAAUUACAAUCAGAAUCUACUAAUAAUGGGAAAAACAAGAGAGAGGCUGAUUUUGAUGGCACAGAUGAACCCAUUUUUGGAAAGAAACACAAGGUAGAAGAGUCAGUAACUGAAGACUUAAGUUUGACAGACCUGAUGCCCCGAGUCAAGGUUCAGUCAGUUGAAACAGUUGAAGGGUGUACACAUGAGGUUGCACUUCCUGCAGAUGAAGAAUACUUACCACUCAAACCUCGAGUUGGAAAAGCUGCAAAGGAGUAUCCAUUCAUUCUCGAUGCUUUUCAAAGAGAAGCCAUUCAGUGUGUUGAUAAUAACCAGUCCGUUUUAGUGUCUGCACAUACAUCAGCAGGAAAAACUGUGUGCGCUGAAUAUGCUAUAGCACUAGCCUUGAGGGAAAAACAGCGUGUGAUAUUUACCAGCCCGAUUAAGGCUCUGAGCAACCAGAAAUACCGCGAAAUGUAUGAAGAGUUUCAAGAUGUUGGUCUGAUGACUGGAGAUGUUACUAUUAAUCCUACAGCAUCUUGUCUUGUUAUGACCACAGAGAUUUUGCGAAGUAUGCUGUACAGAGGAUCUGAAGUUAUGCGAGAAGUUGCUUGGGUAAUAUUUGAUGAAAUUCAUUAUAUGAGAGAUUCAGAGCGUGGUGUAGUAUGGGAAGAAACGAUUAUUUUGCUUCCUGACAAUGUCCACUAUGUGUUUCUUUCGGCUACUAUUCCAAACGCCCGGCAGUUCGCAGAGUGGAUUUGCCAUUUACAUAAGCAGCCUUGCCAUGUCAUUUACACAGAUUAUCGGCCUACUCCAUUGCAACACUACAUUUUCCCAGCAGGGGGAGAUGGCCUGCACCUUGUGGUUGAUGAGAAUGGUGACUUCAGAGAAGAUAAUUUUAAUACUGCAAUGCAAGUGCUUCGAGAUGCAGGUGAUUUGGCCAAAGGAGACCAAAAGGGACGGAAAGGAGGAACAAAGGGACCAUCAAAUGUAUUCAAGAUUGUGAAGAUGAUUAUGGAAAGAAAUUUUCAACCUGUAAUUAUUUUCAGUUUUAGUAAGAAAGAUUGUGAAGCCUAUGCACUUCAGAUGACCAAAUUAGAUUUCAACACAGAUGACGAGAAGAAAAUGGUUGAGGAAGUAUUCAGUAAUGCGAUUGACUGUUUAUCUGAUGAGGAUAAAAAACUCCCUCAGGUGGAACAUGUACUGCCUCUUUUGAAACGAGGGAUUGGUAUUCACCAUGGAGGCUUGCUUCCUAUUCUGAAAGAAACCAUCGAGAUUCUCUUCUCUGAAGGGUUGAUAAAGGCUUUAUUUGCCACAGAAACUUUUGCUAUGGGAAUUAACAUGCCAGCAAGAACAGUUUUAUUUACAAAUGCCCGUAAAUUUGAUGGGAAAGAUUUCCGAUGGAUUUCCUCCGGUGAAUACAUCCAGAUGUCUGGUCGUGCUGGGAGGCGGGGCAUGGAUGAUAGAGGAAUCGUCAUUCUGAUGGUCGAUGAGAAGAUGAGCCCAACAGUUGGAAAGCAGCUCCUGAAGGGCUCGGCUGAUCCUCUAAAUAGUGCUUUCCAUUUGACAUACAACAUGGUUUUGAAUUUACUACGUGUAGAAGAAAUUAAUCCUGAGUACAUGUUGGAAAAAUCAUUUUACCAGUUUCAGCAUUAUAGAGCAAUUCCAGGAGUGGUAGAAAAGGUAAAGAAUUCAGAAGAACAGUAUAAUAAAAUAGUAAUACCCAAUGAAGAAAAUGUUGUCAUCUAUUACAAGAUUAGACAGCAGCUUGCCAAACUGGGCAAAGAAAUUGAAGAAUAUAUUCAUAAACCAAAAUACUGUUUACCGUUUCUACAACCAGGUCGUUUGGUAAAGGUGAAAAAUGAAGGUGAUGACUUCGGCUGGGGAGUAGUGGUGAAUUUCUCAAAAAAAUCAAAUGUUAAGCCUAAUUCUGGCGAGCUGGACCCCUUGUAUGUUGUAGAAGUGCUUCUGCGCUGUAGUAAAGAGAGCUUGAAAAAUUCAGCUACGGAGGCAGCAAAGCCAGCUAAGCCUGAUGAGAAAGGAGAGAUGCAGGUUGUCCCAGUUUUGGUGCAUCUCCUGUCUGCCAUCAGCAGUGUUCGGCUUUACAUUCCGAAAGACCUGCGGCCGGUGGACAACAGACAGAGUGUUUUAAAAUCAAUACAGGAAGUUCAGAAACGUUUUCCUGAUGGUGUGCCCUUGCUAGAUCCUCUCGAUGACAUGGGCAUUCAAGACCAAGGGCUGAAAAAAGUCAUCCAGAAAAUAGAAGCUUUUGAGCAUCGAAUGUAUUCUCAUCCACUUCACAAUGAUCCAAAUUUGGAAACUGUGUAUACACUUUGUGAAAAAAAGGCACAGAUUGCAAUAGAUAUUAAAUCUGCAAAGCGAGAAUUGAAGAAAGCAAGAACUGUCCUACAAAUGGAUGAGCUCAAAUGUCGCAAACGUGUUUUAAGAAGAUUGGGCUUUGCUACUUCUUCUGAUGUCAUUGAAAUGAAAGGACGAGUGGCUUGUGAGAUAAGCAGUGCUGACGAGCUCCUCCUCACCGAGAUGAUGUUUAAUGGCCUUUUCAAUGACCUCUCUGCAGAACAGGCAACGGCGUUGUUAAGCUGCUUUGUGUUUCAGGAGAAUUCCAGUGAGAUGCCCAAGUUAACAGAGCAGUUAGCAGGACCACUUCGUCAAAUGCAGGAAUGUGCCAAAAGAAUCGCAAAAGUUUCAGCAGAAGCCAAGUUGGAAGUAGAUGAGGAAACGUACCUAAGCUCGUUCAAACCUCACUUAAUGGAUGUCGUGUAUACCUGGGCAACUGGAGCCACCUUCGCCCACAUCUGCAAAAUGACGGAUGUCUUUGAAGGCAGCAUAAUUCGUUGUAUGAGGCGCCUGGAAGAAUUGCUCCGGCAGAUGUGUCAAGCAGCAAAAGCCAUUGGAAACACUGAGCUGGAAAAUAAGUUUGCGGAAGGAAUCACCAAAAUCAAGAGAGAUAUUGUGUUUGCUGCCAGCCUCUACUUAUAGAAAGCCACCUAAAGGGAUAUGGGCUUUUAAAUACCACCUGUCUGAUUAGUCAACUAAAAAUUUACAAGUAUUUUGAUUUGAUUUUCCCAUCUCAAGACACUUCUCAAACAUUUUAAUGUGGAUUAUGUUCAAAUCAAGCAUCAUUCUAAGAAAGCAUAUUACAUACAGAUUUGUACAUAAGCAUUACUUUAAUAAAAAUGUACAGGUGGGGAAC